CUGGCCCGCUUUCCAGGGCUCUUCAGGCGUGGCUCUAGGCUACGUGUGUUCCUUGUACCCGAGCGCGCUCUGCCAAUAAAGUUUAUUUGGCGGAGAGUGCCGCGCGGAGGCUGCUGGGGAAGGCCUCUAUCCGCCAAUCAGGAAGCUCUGGCGAGCGGCGCGAGAAGCUCUGAGUCCUCCGGCCUCGUUCCUGCUCCUCCUCCGAGCCGGCACCGGCAGCCGCGGCGGUGGUGGCGGCUCCUGGGCCAGGUUUCCUAUUUUUCUUUCUGCAUAAUAUCUGCUUCAGAAAUGGAUACUGAAGGCUUUGGUGAGCUUCUUCAGCAGGCUGAACAGCUGGCUGCUGAGACUGAAGGCAUCUCUGAGCUUCCUCAUGUAGAACGUAACCUACAAGAAAUCCAGCAGGCGGGUGAACGGCUGCGCUCUCGCACACUGACACGUACAUCUCAGGAGACAGCUGAUGUAAAGGCGUCAGUUCUUCUUGGGUCUAGAGGACUUGACAUAUCCCACAUCUCACAGAGAUUGGAGAGUUUGAGUGCUGCCACUACAUUUGAACCACUUGAGCCUGUGAAAGAUACAGAUAUCCAGGGCUUUCUGAAGAAUGAAAAGGACAAUGCAUUGCUCUCUGCUAUUGAGGAGUCCAGAAAAAGGACUUUUGCUAUGGCUGAAGAAUAUCAUCGAGAGUCAAUGUUGGUGGAAUGGGAACAGGUCAAACAAAGGAUACUCCAUACACUACUUGCUUCAGGAGAAGAUCCUCUUGACUUUACACAAGAGAAUGAACCAAGUUACGUCAGUGAUUUGGGACCCCCAGGCCGAAGCUCUUUAGAUAGCAUUGAGAUGGCUUAUGCCCGACAGAUUUAUAUUUAUAAUGAGAAGAUAGUGAAUGGACAUCUGCAACCUAAUCUGGUAGACCUCUGUGCUGCUGUUGCAGAACUGGAUGAUAAGAAUAUUUCAGAUAUGUGGGCGAUAGUGAAACAAAUGACAGAUGUGUUGUUGGCUCCUGCGACAGAUGCUCUAAAAAGUCGCAGGAGCAUGGAAGUACGAAUGGAAUUUGUGAGGCAAGCUUUACUUUACCUCGAGCAAAGUUACAAAAAUUAUACACUUGUUACUGUUUUUGGAAAUCUACAUCAAGCCCAAUUGGGUGGUGUUCCUGGAACUUACCAGUUGGUUCGAAGUUUUCUUAAUAUCAAACUCCCAGCACCUCUUCCAGGACUUCAGGAUGGAGAAGUGGAAGGACAUCCUGUUUGGGCAUUAAUUUAUUACUGCAUGCGCUGUGGAGAUUUAGUUGCAGCUUCACAAGUGGUUAAUCGAGCCCAGCAUCAGCUAGGAGAAUUUAAAACUUGGUUCCAAGAAUAUAUGCAUAAUAAGGAUCGAAGAUUGUCCCCUGCCACUGAAAAUAAGCUUCGUCUCCAUUAUCGACGUGCCCUUAGAAACAACACUGACCCCUACAAAAGAGCUGUUUAUUGUAUCAUUGGCAGAUGUGAUGUUACUGAUAAUCAGAGUGAAGUGGCUGAUAAAACAGAAGAUUAUCUUUGGUUAAAGUUGAAUCAAGUAUGUAUUGAGGAUGAUGGCACCAGCUCUCCACAAGACAGACUCACUUUAUCACAAUUUCAAAAGCAAUUGUUGGAAGACUAUGGUGAGUCCCACUUUGCUGUGAACCACCAGCCUUUUCUCUACUUCCAAGUGCUCUUCCUGACAGCACAGUUUGAAGCUGCAAUUGCCUUCCUUUUCCGGGUGGAGCGCCUGCGUUGCCAUGCUGUUCAUGUAGCACUGGUGCUAUAUGAGCUAAAGCUUCUCUUGAAAUCAUCUGGCCAGAGUGCACAGCUCUUAAGUCAUGAAGCUGGAGACCCUCCCUGUGUAAGACGUCUUAAUUUUGUUCGCCUUUUGAUGCUCUAUACUCGAAAAUUUGAAUCAACAGAUCCAAGAGAAGCAUUGCAGUACUUCUACUUUCUCAGAGAUGAGAAAGAUAGUCAAGGAGAAAACAUGUUUUUGCGUUGUGUUAGUGAACUUGUAAUAGAAAGUCGAGAGUUUGAUAUGAUUCUUGGGAAACUGGAGAAUGAUGGAAGUAGAAAGCCUGGAGUUAUAGAUAAGUUUACUAGUGACACAAAGCCCAUUAUCAACAAAGUUGCUUCAGUGGCAGAAAAUAAAGGAUUAUUUGAAGAAGCCGCAAAGCUUUAUGACCUUGCAAAGAAUGCAGACAAGGUUCUUGAGCUGAUGAACAAGUUGCUCAGUCCAGUCGUUCCCCAGAUCAGUACUCCUCAGUCCAAUAAAGAGAGGCUGAAGAACAUGGCACUUUCCAUCGCAGAACGGUACAGAGCUCAGGGAAUAAGCGCAAACAAAUUCGUUGACUCUACAUUCUACCUUCUGUUAGAUUUGAUCACAUUUUUUGAUGAAUAUCAUAGUGGUCACAUUGACAGGGCCUUUGAUAUAAUUGAUCGUCUGAAGCUUGUGCCCCUGAAUCAAGAAAGUGUGGAAGAAAGAGUGGCUGCCUUCAGAAACUUCAGUGAUGAAGUCAGACAUAACCUGUCAGAAGUGCUUCUUGCCACCAUGAACAUCUUGUUCACCCAGUUCAAGAGACUAAAAGGCACAAGCCCAUCUUCAGUAUCCAGACCACAACGGGUUAUAGAAGACAGAGAUUCUCAUCUCCGAAGUCAAGCACGAGCAUUGAUUACGUUUGCUGGGAUGAUCCCCUAUAGGACAUCAGGAGACACAAAUGCAAGACUGGUGCAAAUGGAGGUCCUUAUGAAUUAAGAGAGUAUUUACACAUUGUUACUGGUACAUCAAAGGAAUGGGCCCCCAUUUAUUUUAUUUUAAUUUUUUUUUCUAUUCUGUAUUUUUGUCAAAAAAUAAAUUUCUUUGAUUUGUAUUUCCUUUUAAACAUCCUUUUAUUUUCAUUGUUUUGUCUUUUAAAUUUUUUUUUAAGUUAUUAUUUGCAUCUUGUAGAAGAAUUGUUAGCAGUCCUAGGCCAUUGAGCGAAAUGAAAUAGAUCUUAUUUGGGAAAGUUAAAAAACAUUCAAAGUGAACAAACAGCUUCUGGGAAAGCAUUGUUAUUGAUACUAAAUGUUCAGAGAUGAGGACACAUGACACUCACCACCACUAAUGACAACUUACAUUUAUAUAACUAGUGCUCUUAAGAUUCCCAAACUACUUUACCCUUGUUGUUUUUUCUUACUGUCACAACAGCUCAAUGAGGUAGGGUGGAGAUUAUAAUCAUUACUUUUUUAUAGAUGAGGAAACUGAGGCCCAGAGAUACUAAAUUGCUUAAUAGAGGCAGAGAACUUCUGUUUGGUUUUGGAUGGCUGUAUAAGAUGAAGAGGAGAAAAACUUUCAGUCCUGGAGUUAAUUGUCAAGUUAUUGGAAAGAGAGGAGGAAGAAAAUUUUGUCCCCUGAUGAGAAGAUUCAGGUCUUAAGAGAUGAAGUAGAAUUUUGUUAACAAAGGGAAUAACUUGGAUAAGCCACCUAAUGUUUGUCCUUCUGUAUACAGAGCCUUGGGAAUGCAGAAACAGCUGAAGCCAUGUUGUGAAAGCAACUAGGAAUGAGACUUUAUAAGUUACAACUAAUUUCCAAAUAAGAUUUCUCCAAAAACAUGUCAGUGUGACCAAAAAAAUGGCUAAAUAAGUCAUCUUGAACAUUAAAUCCUAUUCAGAGAGGUUGGCCCACAUUGUCAUAAUUUAACCACUAAAAGUGUGAGGCAGUGAAAAUGGGCUCAACUUCUGUCUUCAAAUAGGUGAGUGAAACCUUUGGUAGUUGACCAGUUCAGUGCUUACCAGAAUUCAGUCUACAAAAUAAACUAUCUUCCUUAGUGAAACACUAAAAGACAUGAUGGGAGUCAUACUGAUUAUAGGUCAUUGUUCAAAGACCUAUAGACUUCAAUUACUUGGAUUUUCUUAAACCAGUCUUCAGAGUGAAAUCUGAAUUAGAAUUUGUGAACUGCCUCAAAGUUGAGCCUUCAGAUUUAUCAAGCUUACUGAUAUACUAAAAAUAUUGAAUUAAAGUGCUUUACAAAAUACAUUCCAUGUGCGUUUGACCCUCUGGAUGGUCUAAGAUCUAAAUAGCACAGAUGAUUACUUCGGGAUUUUUCCAGGCUAUGGAGUAGUUAGCUUGUGUCAUUCAUUCAGUGAUCUUUUCUUUAAGUCCAUAGGGUGCUAGGAGGCACUAGUGUUAUUGUUGGGCCAGAAGUCAAAGUAGACAUUAGUUUGGAUCACAGAAUCAUAGAUUUAGUUCUUGUGGGUAUUCUAAUCCAAAACUUCCAUUUGUUGUGUUAGAAAGAUGAGGCUCAAGGGGGCAGCUGGGUAGCUCAGUGGAUUGAGAGCCAGGCCUAGAGAUGGGAGGUCCUAGGUUCAAAUCUGCCUUUAGACACUUCCCAGCUGUGUGACCCUGGGCAAGUCACUUGACCCCCAUUGCCUAGCCCUUACCACUCUUCUGCCUUGGAGCCAUUACACAGUAUUGACUCCAAGAUGGAAGGUAAGGGUUUUUAAAAAAAAGAAAAAAGAAAGAAAGAUGAGGCUCAGAAAGGGGUUGAGAUUUGCCCAAAAUCACACAAGGUAGUUGGCAGCAGAGAAAGGGUUUGAAUCCAAGCCCUCUGACUCCCAAGUCCAGCACUCUUGCCACUAUAUUAAGUUGAUAACUCUUCUUUAUUUAGUCCUUGAAAGUUUGUAAAGUACUUCACAUACAUUAUCUCAUUUGAGUCUCACAACAGUCCUGUGAGGUAAGUAUUUUUGUUUCCCCUUUUUAGAGGAAGAAACAGGUUCAGAGAGAGUAAAUUAUUUGCCCCUGGUCAUAGAGAUUCUACAUGUCAGAUGUGGGAUUUGGAAGAACUCAGUUCUUCCUGUUGCCAAGUCUAGAACUCAGCAAUGCUACCCUGCCUCAAGGGCAAGGACUCUUGACUUUUGGUAGUUUGGUUAACCCUUCUUAGAAUAAUGUCUUUAAAUGCACAAAAUAAAAUACAUAGGAUUAGGAAGGAAAUCAAUUAUACUAAAAUGUAGUUAUCAAAAUAUAUUUUAAAACACAAGUUAAUAGAUGCCAGCUUAAGAACCUCUGUCCUAGAAUCUCUACCUUUCAUUUGAGUAGAAUUGCCUCACAUUCUGGAUUUCUCAGUGACAAGAUUUAUAAGAGGAUCCAUACAAAUACACCAAUAGCCUAGUUACUGCUUAUCAGCUUUCUAUAUGUGUGAUCAUUGUGUUCUUUUCAUUAAGCAUUCAAUUCAAAUCUGUCUCUGCCUCAUUCAAUGUCUGAUGUGACCUGCCAGUUUUUAUUUUAGCAACAACUUCAUAUCAUCUGGAACAUGGCACAUUUAUUGCCAAGGUAGAAAGGUGAAAACUAGGCUCAUGUUGUCUUCAUUGUACCCUUGCCCAAGCCCUCACACAUUAUGGGUUGGUUUUUUUUUUGUUUUGUUUUGUUUUUAAAUGUAUGACCAUUUCCUAAUGAAGUAAGCUCAGGAGGUCAGCUAAACUCUGUGGUCAACAAAUUAGAGGCACUUGUUGAUUUGCAAAAUUCAUGGUGGAAAUGUACAUUUUGUGAUCCAACUCAUGGAACUUGGUUUUAUAGCUUAUGAAUCAACUGGGGCAUUCUCCUCCUGAGGAGCCCUGAGAUCAUGUAAUGUCACUUGUGUAUUUUUAGUUCCUGCCUCCUUGUAUUCCAUUUUUUACUUGAAUAUCAGUGCAUGCAGCUAAUUUGCAGAGCUCUAAAGCAGCCAACUUUCAAUUCUCCCACACUGAAUACUCACUUUCUAUAUGAUGGAAGCCCUAUGCUUUUUCCUCAGGCCCACCUUUUCAUCAGUUUCACUACUUAGCAUUCCUCCUGGGAGAAGUGGAACUGAGCUUUUAUUCUUAUUCAUUUAAAGCUCAGGUGAAAGGAUUGAAGGGGAAAGAUCUUAAAAUUGUACACCAAAAUGAAAAUUUGGGUUAUGCUUUGUGUCAUUUGUCCAUAAUCAUCCAUUCCCUUCCUACUGUGUAUAAUUGAGAGUUGGCUGUAGGUGUCCCCACAAAACAAAGCACUAUAUUUGUCAACCUGUGUAUAAUACAGCUUUAUUUGACAGACUGCCAAAUGUCCUGUACCAAAAAUCACUUGUAUUAGAAAUACUUCCUGUCCUGAGCUGGAGAGAGGUAAACAAACCGGUUUGUCUCACAGCCAAGCUUUUGAAGCCUUCUCCCUUUUUUCCCCUUUUGGUUCUCAUACCCUUUUCUUGUCCCAUCACCCACCGUGCAGUGAUUACUUGAGAAAACCAUUUGCCUUGGUUCACACUUGAUUCUGUUCCAAUGAUUGGACCUAAAAGACAGACAAAGAGGUCCUCAUCAGGACUGGAACUUGAUUCUUUGACUCAAAAGUAGCCAUCGAGGCUGGGUCAUUUUAGGGAAAAAUACAGCCUACUUUAAUGGGAAAGAAACCAUGGGGGGUGUUAGAUUUUUCUUUAGUGAUUUUUCUGUGAUAAAAGGCACUAAUGGAAAUCUGGCAUUGGGCUGAAAAGCAAUUAAAUGUGCUUUGUGUCUCA